AUGGAAAUAACACAAGGCGAAAAUGGUCUUUUGGCUGGUGUUCGAAAGGAUUCAAUUCACGUUAGUGUAACAACUAUCAGUCCAAUGGCAGCGACACAAUUGGCAAAAUUACAUCAAGAAAAAGGUGCACAUUAUAUUUCCGGACCCGUCCUUGGCCGUCCGGAUGUUGCUGCUGCCGGCAAACUUCGUACAUUUCUGGGCGGUCCUCAAUCCAUUAUCGAUUGCAUUACCCAUAUCCUCCAGUGUUACUGUGGCGGUGGUCUCAUUUACGUCGGAGAAGAUCCUGCUCAUGCUUGCGUUCUUAAACUUUCGGCCAACUUUUGUGCAUCAUCAAUAAUUGAUAUGUACGGUCAAGUUUACGCAUUGAAUGAAAGAUGGAAAGUAUCUACUGAUAUUACAAAACAAUUGUUUAACUUGUUCUUCACACAUCCUGGCCUCCUGGCAUACAGUGAAAAAGUGCGCACUCGAGAAUAUACAAAUCAAGGUGGUGUUGCACUCCGCGGCGGAUUGAAAGAUGUCAAUCUAAUGUUGCAAAUGGGCGAAGAAGUAGGUGUGCCAUUGCCGUAUGCCGGUGUUAUUCACGAUCAUAUUGUAACGGCAAUUGGAAACGGUCUGGGGGACAAAGAUUGGUCGGCAUUUGCCGAAUCAGCUAGAUUAAAUUCAGGAAUGCCACAACAAGAGGAGAAUGACAGUUCGAGAAAGUAA